AUGGACGACGACGGCGACAUGUCAGACGGCGGCGCUGACGGUGCCAAGCGCCCUCGCCUCCGUCUGGCACAUGCAUGUGACCGCUGCCGCAAACGCAAAAUUCGCUGCGAUACCCAGCAGCCGUGCGGCCCAUGCUCGGCAACCAAGAACGAGUGCACCUUCAACACGCCAAGUCGUCGAGUGGCCAAGCCAAAGCCCAGUUCGCGUUCGUCCUCGGCCACGGGCCUCAAGAGGCCUCACUCGCCCUCGCGCGGCAGCUCGAGCUACCAGGCGUCCCUCGAGGCGCGGUUAGCGACGCUCGAGUCGCUCCUCCGCGACGUGCCGCCUAACGUGCACAAUGCAUACCUCUCCACGCUGGAUGCACGACUUGCAUCGGGCCAGGGCGGAGGUAUCGCGCAGGGCAGAGGCGAAGGCACCAGUGUUGGCGCUGAAGCCCUGCUAGGCGGUGGGACGGCAAUUGGCGCCGCCUCCUUUAGCCCGAACUUUGGCCUCAAGCCGGACGCUCCCUUCACACCAUCCUGGUCUACCAACACUACGAUGGCCGGCGCGUGGGCGGGUGGACGCGGCCUUCGCCGACGAGACGAGCGCGCUAUGGAUGACAUGGCCCGUCGCAUGGAGAACCUGAGCUUCUUCUACGAAGAUGAGAUUGGCCAGGCCAAAUGGCAGGGCGCCACUUCAGGCUUCCCUCUGCUCGAGAUGCUAACCGCCGAACAAGCGGGCGGUGACGAUGAGGAGGAGGAUGGUUCCUCUCCCGCCUCAACAGUAGAGGUGCGGCCCACGCGCGCGGCCCCCUCGCCGCCCCAUCGCGUUGGCCGAGUCGACAGACGUGCCAGCUCGGUCGGCGGCGGCCGGUCACAUUCCAAAGCACGCUCCUCAAGUGCCCACAGCACCAGGAGGGAACGUUUCUUCCCGGACCGCAAUCCGCGCCCGCACCAGACGCUCAACCCAGAGGCGAGCUGGAAGGUGAUCACAGGGGUCAUUCCUCCGGAUUUGAUGGACACGCUCGUACGGUGUUACCUUUCGACGAGCCACCUCCUUUGGCCUUUCCUGCACGUGCCGUCGUUCCUCGCCGACUACGCCAACCCGCAGCAGUGGGGUGAGCCCGGUUUCGCAUGCUUUAUUGUUGCCGUGUGCACACUCUCCUCCCGUCAUGUCGACGACCCGCGCGUGCGCGCCAACCCCGCGGAUCCGUCGACCGCCGGCAAGCAGUACUUUGAGCUGUUCAAGCGCCUGCGUGAUCUGCCCUCUGCCGACCGCCCGACGCUGUACUCGAUUCAGGCCGCGUUCCUGGCCGCGAUCUACGCUUUCGGCCUCGGUAAUUUAAGCAAGGCGUUUGCGCUCCAAGCCGAGAGUGUCACGUUAUGCCUCGAUGGCGGCCUGCACCGCAGUGUGGACGCGUACGACCACUUCAACGCAGUGGAGCGCGAAACCCGCAAGCGCACGUUCUGGUCGAUUUACGCCUGGGACAAGCAGUCGGCGGCACUGUUCGGCCGCCCCCCCAUCAUCCACUUGCGUGACUGCGACGUCGACGAGCCGCUCAUCACCGACGACGACAACCUCACCGUCGACGGCGCAAAGGAGCAGCCGAAUCCCGAGACGAGCAGGCUAUGCGCUUUUGUCGCUGCGAUCCGCCUGCACAUCGUGCUCGAGGGUGUGAUCGACUCAUCAGUUCAGGCCUCGGUUUUCCCCACUAGCUCGUUCCUUGCGCGGGCCUCGGCCGUGAUUUCACACAGAGCGCCGCUAAGCGAUUCGCUUCGCGACGAGGAGGCCCUUCUAGAGGAGUGGACGCGUAUCCUCCCCAACUACUGGAAAUACGACUCGGAGACGGCCAACUCGCGUGACCCGAUCCGCAUUACCCAGGCCGAGCGGCUACACUGCCUCGAGCACCUUGUCAAGAUGAUCAUCUACCGCCACCGAUUCUCGGGCUUCGUCCUUCAGCCAGCCGCAACCGUCGAGGACCGCGCGUGUCACCUCGAGUGGUGCAAACGUGCCAUGCAGUGUGCACUGACCAUCAUUGCCGACCAUGUCCAUAUCAGUCAGCGCGGCAUGAUGACAUACUACGGCGUCCACGUCAUUCACCAGCUGGCGCAGGCAGGUCGCACGCUGGUCGCAGUCAUUUUGAACUGCAAGAACCCCGAGUUCCGCCCUCUGAUCUCGCCAUCUAUUGAGGGUCUGCGCUCGUGCGUUGGCCUCCUGCGUCGCUUUAGCGGUCGCUACCUGUGCGGUCUCCGGUCCGCUGACAUUAUUGACGAAUUUUGUCGAGUGUGCAACAUUCCGGUCGACUCGCCUCGCGUUCCAGACUCGGCUGGCCGUCCUUCUCCUGCAUGGUUACGUCCGGUCCGCAAGCGUACUUCCCUGUCGCCUGCGCCAUCUCAUCUGCGCUCGUUGCGUGUUGCCGAGGAUCUCCCGUUUAUUGGACAGAACCAAGAUAUGCUUUCGACUCACCCCGAAUUGAGUACGGGCGUCGUGCCGACCGAUCUCGAAUCGCUGUUCAACACGUCUGAGUACUUGGACAUCAGUGCCAUGGACGUGACGUCACCUGCCAGGAACCCGGGCAUCGGUGCGACGCCUGCAUCUCUAAACCCGUUCGGCCUCGGUGAGCCGUCGGCUCCGUUUGACCGCCUCGAAACGUUGUCGCCCAACGAGAAUCUGGGCGGCAUUCCGACCGUCUUCCAGCAGCAACAGCACCUUCAGCAGGCGCAGGCGCAGGCGCAGGCGUUAUUGAACAGCCAGGCGCUCAACGGCUCAACCUCUGCUAUGGAGGGCAUUCAGCUCAACAGUACCCCGAAUGGCGGUUUGGGCAACGGCGACCUGACUGGCGACACCAAGUCGUCGCACGGACUUUCUGCGGCGACGAUCCUGAGCCUCCUCGAAGAAGGCACCUUUGAUUACGGCUCCAUUUUCACUGACCAGGCCCCACUCGGCGACUUCACGUUCAGCACGGACGUGAUUGCUGAAAAUGGCCCCCACUCGGUAGGCAGGUAG